UUCUCUUGCUUUAAGGGUUUCCUUUUUUCUUUCUUUUAAGCAGUUGAGGAGAAGAAGUGAUCAGGAUGGGGAGGGGGAAGAUAGAGAUUAAGAAAAUAGAGAAUCCGACUAAUCGGCAGGUGACUUACUCGAAGAGGAGGGCUGGGAUUAUGAAGAAGGCGAAGGAGAUCACUGUUCUCUGCGAUGCUGAGGUUUCUCUGAUCAUGUUCUCGAGUACCGGGAAGUUUUCUGAGUACUGUAGUCCGUCGACGGAAACGAAGAAGGUUUUUGAUCGUUACCAGCAGUUAUCUGGUAUUAACUUGUGGAGCGCGCAGUACGAGAAGAUGCAGAAUACGCUGAACCAUUUGAAGGAGAUCAAUCAUAAACUGAGGAGGGAAGUAAGGCAGAGGAUGGGGGAAGAUCUGGAGGGACUGGACAUCAAGGAACUGCGCGGUCUUGAGCAAAACAUGGAUGAGGCAUUAAAGCUUGUACGGAAUAGAAAAUAUCAUGUAAUCAGUACCCAAACGGACACAUACAAGAAGAAGUUGAAGAACUCGCAAGAAACACACCGAAACUUAAUGCACGAAAUGGAAGUUGUUGAGGACCAUACAGUCUUUGGGUUCGACGAUGAUUCGAGCAAUUAUGAGGGCGUUCUUGCCCUCGCAAAUGGAGGGUCUCACAUGUACGCCUUUCGUGUGCAGCCCAGCCAUCCAAACCUUCAUGAAAUGGGAUAUGGCCCGCAUGAUCUUCGUCUCGCUUGAUAUAUGCGUAGUAAGUGCACACGAACAAAUGCAUUAAUUGCUCCAUGUUCACAAAGCUAUAUGAUCUUUGUUCUUGACAUCCAAUUAUUGCAGAACUAACUGUAGCUUGUUCUUAUUUAAGAUAUAAUUCUGUGACUAAGUGCUUAUGAAACAUGCAAUAAAGGUUUGUCCCAGACAAAUUAAUUUAUUUCACUUUAUUUGUUUUUUUAUGUGUUUAUUGUGCAUUUGAUAGAUAAUUGAAAGCAUUUAACACCUUAUUUGUUUAGUCAGUUCCUUCAUUAGAUCAUUUAGGGACAAUUUUAUGAAGUUAAUUUCAGCAUUCAAAUUGUUUGCAUAUCUUAAGCUUCAUUUGUGACAACUUUCUUACUACUACUUAAAGCAAUUUUUUUAAUUUUUUACUAAAAGCGGCUUUAAUAAGUGGUAAGAAAGUCGUCCCAAAUGAAGGCUUAAUCUUUAUUGCGUUUGAGAGAACCUUUUUUUUUGUCAUUAGUUUUAGAAUUUAUUUGGGAUGAAUGUUGCAUUUUAUAGAGUUUAUU